AUGCGCGUUUCAGUUCUCGUCACCCUGGCAUCUGCUCUUGCCUUGGGAUCGGCCAAGAAGAUCAACAUGUCCUGCAGCUUCGCUGCCGACCACUCGGGCAUGAUCCAGCAGCCUUAUUGCUGCCGCGAUCUGGUUCCUGCACAGAACAAUGGAAAAGCCAACGAGGCUACAGACUGUGUUCUGCUGAAGGAGCCUCAGAUGUGCGAGGAUGAGUCGCGGCCUGCAUGCUGCUAUGACAUUGGUCCCAAAAAGAUUUGCACUUCCCACGUCGUCUUCCAGGAUGCGUCUGAUGUUUGA